AUGAGCUCUUUUGAUAUGCAGUAUGUGUGCAGAGGCUACAAUUAUCUCUUCCCUGGAGUUGAAUUAUGGUGAGUUUUAAAACGUUGCUUGGUCGUUUGCAGUUCUACUGAAUUCGUAGAAAAUUCAAUUCAUAGUAAUUGCUGAUUAAGCUUUGCAAUUAAUUGACAAUGGGCCCUGUGAUCUAUGUUCACGUCACAUAGAUGAAAGGUACCUCCACUUUCAACGUUUUUCCUUUUGUUUAAAAAUAUGAUAACAAUAAUAAAGAAGACAUCAAGCUGUUGUUGCAGGAUAAGAGAUUGUUAAGAGAAUUCCUAUUCAGAGAUCACAAGGCCCAUACAAUGGUUUAUAAUACUUAAUUAUUAUUUUUAAGCUCAUUCUUAUUUAUUUUUGCCAGUGUUGGCCGGGUCUCCGCUUCUUUGACAACAUUACCUGUUAUUCCAAUCUUAUGCCACUUCACCAUACUAAGUGACUACCAAGAGAAUCAUUGUGCAAAUUCUUUAUUGCAAUGUACAAUCCCAGUUUGA